UCCGAUUUUGGGCGCGUGAUAUUCUGGGUGAAGAACGUGGCAGUCUUGAGGUCGAUCAAGUUUCACGGUGCUUUGAUGCGCCAGUUCGAGCAGGAGUGCGAGCAAGAAGCAAGCAAUGUCCAAGAUGGAGAUGAUGGUCUUCCGCUACUGCCCUCAACUGAGCACUUUCGCAAGGGCGCAGAGAAGUUGCUAACAGAAUUCGCUGAGAAUCCUGUCCCAGACCUUGCAGACUUGUGCGCUGAGCAAGGUCAAGUCGGUAGGUGA